AAUUAUUUCCAUUGAGCCGAACGUCGACGACGGCAGCCGACGCCACCCGACCGGCCCGCGAGCGAAGCCAACCAGUGCUCCUUCUAUUCUAGUACGCGACCGCUUCUUAACACGCGCGCUCCAUACAACACAACUAGUUUUAAAAUCGUAAUAAAAUUAGCGCGAAGCAGCCUCGGCCGCCGUUCCGUGUGAUAUCAUAGUGAUCGUACCCAGUGAUCAUCAACAAAGCCCGCGUCCGGAGCCCCAGUGCCGUUAGUGCAGUGAAGUGUGUGUAUAUCGUUUUCCAUUUCGACCUCGUUUGCGCGUCUAGUGUGAUUUAGCUGGACGCCAACCCGCCCGGCUUUCUAUCGGGCACAUAGGUCGGUAACGUCGAAUCGAUGAGCACUCGCUCGCCCAAAAUGACAGCUCGUCCAUUGAUCGGGCUCAUUUCAACCAAAUGGUGAUUGGAUGACGAUCUCGACCCGGUCCCCGGACAAGGAGCCGUCGCCGCCAAAGCAGAUCAACUUCGCCGAGCCUCUGGUCGAGUCGGUGCGCGUGUACCUGGCCAAUGAGCAGCCGUCCAAGCAGCUAGCGCUCGUGCCGCGCGUCCCCAGCCCGCCGCCGGAGCCCGCGCCCGUCUGCGAUGUGGACAUAGCUUCACACACCGUACAAGACGAAAUCAAAGGGAUCAAUUUCGAGCGACUCAAACGGAAUGACCUGAAUAACAACGCCUCGCGUCAGAACUCCGAAGGAGCGCGUCCUAGCACCGAGAUGCCGAGCCAAGCCGAGCUGAUGCAGCGGCAGCCCCUGCUAGCGCGUCAAGCAAAAAAAGACGCGCCGCAGCCAGCUACCGACGAGUCCGACCCCGACCAAGAGACUUCUCCCCAGCGCACGGGAGACUUCAUUGUAGAGAUUCCCGCCGGCACCGUCCGAGAAGAACGCUACCCUAAAGAAAUAUGGAAAACAAUAAUUUCCUUCUUUUUCCUAUUUAUCUGUGUGUGUAUAAAUAUGAUGUCACUAUCUCUCGUCCACGAGAGGCUGCCGGACCGGAACAAGACUGACCCGCUCAACGAUAUCGUCCUCGAGAAUAUCGGGCCGGCUGAUUGGGCGCUCGAUGUGUCCGAAUACCUCAUCAUGGUCUCGACAACAGUGGCCAUGCUGGUGGUCGUGUUCCACAAGCACCGGUUUAUCGUGUCGCGCCGGUUGUUCUUCAUCAUUGGCCUGCUGUACCUGUACCGCUCGAUCACGAUGUUCGUGACCGUGCUGCCCGUCUCCAGCAAGACUUACUUCUGCAGUCCAAAGGAAGAAAACGUCACGUCGCUGGUGAUCAUCAAGAGAAUGUUCUACUUAAUAUCAGGCUUCGGUUUAUCGAUAAACGGAAAACACACUUAUUGUGGUGAUUUCAUAUAUUCGGGUCACACGAUGAUCCUAGUGUUAAGUUACCUCGUCGUGGCGGAGUAUUCGCCGAAGAAACUGUGGCCGAUGCACUGGGCGAUGUGGGGCUCGGCGCUGCUGGGCGUGUCGUUCGUGCUCCUAGCACACGGACAUUACACGGUGGAUGUAGUGAUCGCGUAUUACAUAACGACACGGUUAUUCUGGACGUUCCAUUCAUUGCUGGUGACGCCUCACCGGGCCGGCAACGGCUACAAUCACUACAUGAUCCAGCGGGAGUGGUGGUACUGGCUGUUCACGUACCUGGAGCGCAACGUGCGCGGGCCGGUGCCGCGGCGGUACGACUGGCCGCUGCCCUGGCCGCGCACCAAGCUGUUCUCGCGCCUCAGCUAGUGACGCGCGCGCGCGCUGCCGCCGCCGCAGGACGUAUGACGCCCGCCCGUCGUCGCUCACCUUCUGCGAGUGCCGCUUCAGGACCUGCAGCUCUUUGGGACUGGUUCUCGUGCAGAUGGCCAGCGUGAGCGUGUAGUCAAACUGGUGGACGAUCAGGUUCAAGUACACGGUCUCCUCCCAGUCAAUCUCCGGAUCUCCGAUGGGUAACUUCUUGGAAUCCUUGCGGAAGACCUCCACGUCCGUCUGCGAAUAGUCAGUAAAGGUUCAGUGAUAAGGAGUACUGCACUUAACGGAUUAUCAAUGAGAUUAUGGGCGUCGUCGCGUUGAGUUUAAAAUGUGAUACAAAUACUUGAUAAGUGAGCUCACCACCUAAUGCAAUUUACUUUAGGUCUGAAGAACCUUGCGUAUGCUUUUAUUGUUAAUAGGACUAUAAGACUUUUAUUUUAAUUUGACAAAGAACAAUAAUCGAACUAUUAACAUCGCCGUUGUUAGGAUUUUUGUUUUUGUAAAUGUAUAUUUUAUAAGUGGUUAGCGACCACGGAUGUCGAGUUUAAGCAGCUCCUAUUUAUUAGCAAAAAAUGUACUGUGAUUAGUUACGAGUAGGCGGAGCGAGCGAUUGUGAUCGCGGACAAGUACAGCUAGAACGUAGUCUUCGUCCUAAGUACAUAUAAGAAAAACAUAUUUUUAUAUUAUAAAGUACAUAACUGUUGUUAAUGCAUAAUUUUGUAUUUCCAAUGAUUUGUCUAAUAGAAUUUUGUAACAAUCAUCCAUAUGGUGCUAAACUAGAAAGUAAAAUGAAAUUUUCAACCACAUAAGUACUUAAUUGCACCAGAAGUACGCAGAAACAUUCCUUGUGGUCACACACUACUGUCGCAAAAUGAUGAAAUGUCAUGAUAAGAAUAGUUCAUAAUUUUCGGAGUAAACGAGAAACCAAAACAUUGAGUUGAUGUAGACUUGCAAUGCAAUUUUAAUGUAUGACAUGAACAAUUAUAAGCAAUAGAGAUGGAAUUCAAUUACUAUAAUUAUUUAUUUUUACUUCAGAAGCGCAACAGCGCAACAACUCGUCAUGCAUAACUUUCUACUACAUUUACAUGUAAGUUAAAGAUCUAAAAUUGAAAAAGACCUCUGAUAUAUAGUAAAAUAGCACAAGCUUUAAAGUCGAAUGUUCACCAUUGAAAUAGUAACAUCAACAACUACAUGCACACUAAAAACCUUAAUUUAUUAUAAUUAUAAGAGGUAUUUAGUCUGUUAAAUUUCAAAAUAGACAAUUUUGAUAUAAUUAAUGGCAAAAACGAAUCUUGAUAAUUUUAUUCGGAUUAGCAUUCAAUCAGUGGUUUUCUUAUAACAGACUUACCUCAUACUUAGGCAGGUAUCUGGAGGAGCCCUUGACAUGGCGCUUCCUCACGAAGAAGAGCAGGUCGUCGCAGUCUAUCGCCCUCUCUUCUUGGAACAGAAAGUGCCUCACGAACAGAUCUGUCCAGUAGGUCGUUCCUUGCAGCACCACGAAUCCACAAUCUGAAACAUUUCCACUAUUUGAAAACUGUAUCAAUAUGUUUGUUUCUAUGUCAUUAAUUAUGUUAUAAUUAAUCAAGAAGAAACUUUGUCAAAGAAAAUAAUUAACCAAGGAGCGAGUCCCAAUUUAAGUUAUUCCUUGUUUAUUUUCUCUGACAUAGUAUUGUUUUAAUUGCGAGAGGUAGUUGAGUUUUAUAUUGUGUACCUCGAUGUUAAGUUGAUGUGGAAUUCGCUACUCGGUCUCUGCAUGUAAUGUGAAGUGCCUUUAGUGUUAAUGCGACUGGCGAACUCCACGAGAGUCCUCGUUAGCCAUGAGGCUGCAUCUCGCAACUAUUCAAUGUAAUAAUAUAUAUUGUUGCGGAUUUCAUUGCGGGCUUUUGGUCGUUUAAGUUGUCUACAUUUUGCAAGGGAUGUUUUGAAUACCAAGUCAGAUCUACGAUUAUGAUAAGAUAAAAUUUUAUUCAAAACUUGUACUUAGUAGAACUAUCAAGUGAACUUGGAAAAGUAAAUUUAUUUCUUGAAGAUUUUUAGUCGAGCUCUAUGAAUGUGCAUGCAACGUGCAAAAACCAUUUUGUGUAGAUCCGACAGUGUCAGAAUUGAACCCCGCAACCUGUCGCACGACCCGCCUCGCCGCGCCGCCGCGCACACAAACAGCGCAUCUUCAUGUUUCUACUAUAUUUAUAAAUGUAAAUGUUUAUACACACAUAAUUUGUACAUUACUAUUUUGAUUAUUAUUUAAAUAUAGAUUUGUAAUGUUAUUCUUAAUGAACUUUACUGGUAUUUUUACCGUUGGCUGAUUUUCGAGGCAAAUCAAAUGACCUGUUGUUUAAUGUAGUUUUUAAAUCAUGAAACAAACUUAUUUACCUGAUUAAUUAAGUUUACAAAAUGUGCUUGUUUAUGAGAUGUUUAUUUGAGAUUGCAAAUUACUUUUUUUGUUUUUGCAAACAAAAAUACUGAACAAAGCGUUGUAGUGAAGAGCCAGCUAAUUCUGAAUCUCAGAAUAUUGUUGUGUCAGCUGUAAAUAUCGGCUUUAUGUGCAUUGACUCCUACUGUAACGAGCUAAAGUUUAAGUUUGAUUGACAGGCUCCUAGAUUUUGCACAAUUUUACUGUAGUGCAAUUGAGAACAAUUUUUUGUAGCAAGACUUAGCCCAUUUUUGCAAAGCACAAUUUCAUCCAAAUCAUUUCCGCCAUUAGUUUAUAAAUUCCAUGAAUAGAGUGUUUCCGCAGGAUCAUUUUUCCGUUAUAUCUGCGACUACAUAAAUACAUACAUAUAAUCACGUCUAUAUCCCUUGCGGAGUAGAUAGAGCCAACAGUCUCGAAAAGACUGAAAGGCCAUGACUGUACUAUUUACUUACCUGCGACUACAAAUCUCAUUAAUGUGCUCGAACAAAAUAAUCGCGAGGUACCACUCUCAACUCUUACAAGUUUAUAUCUAAAAAUGUCUUUAUGAAAUUUCAGCACCUGCAAUUUCCUUACAAUUUGAGUAAAUCAAACCUUUGUAUGUUCAAAUCACUGUUUCUUCCUUUUUUGCGUGUGCAUUCUCAUCUGUCAUUUUCGCUCUCAGGGUCCAUCUACACGAAGAGAUAGAGUGGUCCUAAUACAUUAGAUGGACCACACGGGAUAUUAAAUUACUAUACCUGCUAACAUAUGUCCAGCAGGCAAUAUUGCAUUGCCUGUUCUAGCCUGUACCCACAUUCCUUCAACGAAGAUAAAUUAUUUUAUUGGAUGUCGUGUAACCGUCUAAGUUUCGGCUCGUAUGUAAUCGCAACAAAUAUUGUGGAUUUGUAAAAUAUUAAUUAUUAUCGAUGUUUAAGUUAAUAUAAGGCGCUCGCACUGCGAGUGUAAAUGAAAUGUUUCAUACAUUCCUGCUUUUCGCAUGUUUCUUAAAAAAAAUUAAAAGUAACAUGUGAAUGGUAUGACAAACAAAAAGAGUUUAUUUUUACAUGUCUAUCCUAUUUUGUAAUCAAAAGUAAAAUUUUUAUAAAAUUUCUAUGAGCAUAAUAAAAUAAAUGUUAUGGUUACAAAACAGGAUUUGUCAAAGUAAAUAGACAUGAAAAUACAUAAAUCUGUAUGUUUAUAACAAUGCUGUUGUACAUUAAAGUUCAUUAAAUGUGUUUUCUAA